AUGGCCAGUAAUAACCACGAUGAACUCAAAGAAAACGGUGGCAAGAGAUCCAACAACGAUGGCGUGUGCGGCAAGUUGUCGUCGUCGUGCAAUGAGUCGGCCGAUCCGACUCAAAAGGUCACGUCGAAAGUCGGUGGCGAAAAGUCGUCCAAGAGCUCAAACGCCAAGUCGAAAGUCGGAAAGUUACGUCGAGGCAAGAACUCGGUAGGCACCUUGGACCAGGCGAUCCGCAAGAGAAACAUAUUUACCGCUGUGGCCAAAAUGCCGACCGAGAUUCAGACGAGGUUGAUCGAAAACGGCUGGAUCGGCAAAAUUAUGGUCGCCGACGACUGUUUCCGUCGGAACGGUGAGUACCUCCCACUGGACUGA